AUGGCACAAUUCGGACUUCUCCAUCUAAUUGGAGCUGCAACAAUAGUUGCAUUUGUUAUCUCCAAAACAACAUCUUCUCCACUGGUUCAAAUUCUCCCCUGGGUCUACUUAGCCACUGUACCAGCUUAUGUCGUAUUGUAUUUGUGUUAUAUCUACCCAUUCUACAUUUCCGAGCUCCGACAUGUACCAACAGUUCCCGGCUUCCCACUUUGGGGUGCGUUCUUAGAAAUCAUUACCACUGAGUGCGGUAUUCCUCAACGAAGAUGGCACGAAGAACAUGGUCCGAUCAUCCGGUACUUCUUUCCAUGUGGCGCCGAACGUUUAUCGAUUGCGGAUGAUAAGGCUAUUCAUCAGAUGACCAUCAAGAAUCCCUACAACUAUCCCAAGCCGGUUCGCGCGAAGCUUUGGAUGGUUCGAAUUCUCGGCGAGGGUGUUCUUCUUGCCGAGGGCAAUGAGCAUGUUCACCAGCGCAAAGCACUUGCGCCUGGAUUCUCGAUAGGAUCAAUCCGAGCUCUAUCUCCUGUUUUCUGGCAAAAGUCGCUUCUCCUAUCGAAGCUCUGGAGAGAAGAAAUGGCAGAAGCACGUGUCACAACGAAAUGCUUUGAAGUCCUUGAGUGGCUCAAUCGCACCACCUUGGAUAUCAUCGGACAAGCUGGUUUCGGAACAGAUAUCAAUUCUCUCGAGAACCCCGAAACGCCAAUUCGUGAGGCUUAUCGUCUUGUUUUUGCUUUCGAUAUUGGAUCCCGAAUCCUUCACGGCUUGCAAGCAUUUAUCCCAAGCACCAAAUACAUUCCCGCCAAAAUGAACCGCGAUAUGGAAGCCGCUCGAAGUAUUAUUCUAGACACGGCUACCACGAUCAUCACCGAAAAAGAAGGCCAAGCAGCCGCCCACACUACACACAAGGAUAUCAUCGCGCUUAUCUCAAAAGACAACCUUAAGAUGAAGGAAGCUGGCGAGGAGGGCCUUUCCUUUGAGACAAUGCGCGACCAAGUGAUGACCUUCCUCGGCGCCGGCCACGACACAACAGCUACCGGCGUGGCAUGGACGCUCCAUCUGCUCUCCAAGAACCCCGACAUCAAAUCCAAGCUCCGCGAAGAAAUAAGAGCCUACAUGCCCUUCCUCUUCGACCCCGCUACGCGCUAUGACCCAGUCGAACUCGCCAAGGUGGACGCGGACCAGCUUCCAUACCUAGACAACGUAUGCCGCGAAUCUCUGAGAUAUAUCCCGCCAAUUCCCAUGACAGUACGAGUGUCAAUCGCGGACGAUAUACUAGGGCCAUACAAGGUUCCAGCUGGGACUGUGAUCUACGUCUUGGCUAACGCCAUCAACAGACUGCCGAUGUAUUGGGGUCCCACAGCCAACGAGUUCAACCCUGAUCGGUGGGAUAAAUUGCCCGAGACGUAUACUACGAACGCGUUUAUGACUUUCUUACAAGGGCCGAGAGGAUGUGUCGGGCGCAAGUUUGCGGAGACGGAGAUGAAGGUUUUGCUGUGUUGCUUGUUGAGUAUGUUUGAAUUUGCACGUGAUGAGACAGUGGCAGAUCCAGAAACUUUGAAAAUGUGGAGGCUGGUGUUGAGGCCGCGAGAUGGAGUUAACAGCGAUUCCGAUACAGAGAUCGUUCAGAAGGUCUACAUCGACAGAUGGAUCGAGGUCUAA